UGGAAAUAGUGUAGAAGUUUUCCCGCCAUUUGUUCAUCUCCCUCCUUCUCCUCUUGUCUGUCUGUUCUCAGUUGCAGCCAGCGCAGAUCCAAAGCUUCAAAGGUGACCAUGGAUAACGAGAUCAGAGAGGAGUUCAAGAAGAGCGGUUUCAUCCUCGAAGACGAACAAGAGAUACUCAACAAAUGUCUUACGUUCUGUAUUCAGUACAAACUCAGCGCUUCCGACAUUGUUUCUCGAUGGGAUGCUUUCUCUAUGACCAGACAAUUGGAACAAACUGUACAAGACACUCACAUGGAUGCGUUCAUGGUGUACCUGCAAAACGAACAGAAGGAAGCAAUUAUCAAGCAAGAACCCGGUUUGCAUAUUUCCUCCAAGGAUGUGGAAAUGAUAUUGAAUGAUAAUAACGAAGAUACAGAAGAAGUGAUGUAUGGUACACCAACAAAGGGAUCUGAGACAGUGCACAUGGAACCAUUUGAUUCAGCAUACAAAACAAAAGGAGAUACUUUUCCAUCUGGGAGACAUCGAGAAUCAAUGACACCCUUUGGGCAAAGAAAGACUAAAUUUGUAUUGCAAAUUGACAGAAAUGAUCUAACUAAUAUCGAGGAUAGCCAGAAAGAAUGUAAUGAUGAAUUCUCAGAUGAUGAUAUCAUAAAAAAGGUGCAACCAAGCACUAGAUGCUCUAUGAUUGUUGAAGAUAUGCAUCCUGAACCUGGUUGUAGAUAUAUGUAUGACAAGAUUGAAGAUAAGUUUAACUUUCUUGAAAGCCGAAUUAGGAAACAUGCAAUGGCACUUGUUGCAUCUGGGCUACAUGAGGAUCCAACAGAUCCAACCGUUGCUUCACAGAGGAGUAUAUUUGCAGUUGGCAUGAUAUGUUGCGAUGAAGAAGGUCGCCUUAAAGAAAAACCAAUCUUGCUGCAAAGCAGUGUUGAGAAUUCUGGUGGCCAACGUGUGCGGGUGGAUUUGCAAAAGUUAAGCCAGUUCUCCAUCUUUCCUGGGCAGGUCGUAGGCAUUGAAGGAAACAAUCCUAGUGGCCACUGUCUGAUAGCAUCAAGAAUAAUUGAUUGUAUUCCCCUGUCACUUUCUGCUGAUGAGAAUCCAAAUCAUCCGAAGAAACAAGCAGUUGAGCAAGAACUGAAUACAAAGAAUGGGACUCACGUGUCAUGGGAGCUGUCAAUGAUUAUCGCAGCUGGUCCUUUUACCACAGUUGAUAAUUUGCUUUUUGAGCCUUUAUCAGAGUUGCUAGCAUAUGCGCGAAGGAAACAACCUCAGUUGCUGAUAUUGUUGGGACCAUUUAUUGAUUCUGAACAUCCUGAGAUUAAGAAAGGAACUGUAAACAGAACGUUUGAAGAACUGUUUCAUUUUGAAUUCCUUGUAAAGCUUCGAGAUUAUGUGGAAUAUAUGGGCCCAGCUGCACGUGUGGUUUUAGUGCCAUCUAUUCGAGACGCUAACCAUGACUUUGUGUUCCCUCAGCCCGCUUUUGACAUUCAGUCAUCUGACCUGAAACAUCAGAUAACCAGUAUCCCAAAUCCAGGGACUUUCAUUGCGAAUGAGGUUAGGAUCAGUUGUUGCAGUGUGGAUAUCCUUAAAGAGCUUAGUCAGGAGGAGAUUUCACGAAUUCCACCAAAGGAAGCAAAACAACGGAUAACUAGGCUUGCAAAUCACAUACUUAGCCAGAGGAGCUUAUAUCCUCUAUAUCCACCGGCAGAAGGCACUCCACUCGAUUUUUCACUAGCACCUGAUGCCCUUCAGAUAUCAUCCAUACCAGAUAUCCUCAUCCUUCCGUCUGACUUGACCAAUUUUGUUAAGGUGAUAUCAGUGGGGGGAGGAGAGAAGAGUGAUGGGAAGUGUAUUUGUGUGAAUCCUGGAAGACUUGCAAAGGGAGAAUGUGGGGGUUCAUUUGUCCAUAUUCAUUACCAUUCUCAUUCAUCUUCUACUGCUUCAAUUAUCAAAAUAUAGGUCUUUCUUUGGAUACCACUCUUUUUCUUGUGAAUAUCAAUCACUAAGUUGCAUCCAAUCCGAGAAUAUAGGCAAAACAUAUCUUCUUCUUGUUGCUUCAUUAUUAAGUUAUGACACCAGUUGUUGUUUGUAUUGAAUGCAAUGUUUUUUAUGUGAAUUAGCUGCAAUUAAUGUUUGUUUGUAAUUUUCCUUAUUUGACCAGAGU